AUGGGCAAAGCCAAGCGUAUCAACAAGGCGGACGGCUUUGAAAAGCGUAAGGAAAUGGCAAUCAUUCUAUGGAUCGUCAUCCGGCAGAACACAGCGGUUGACCGCACAAUAUCGGGAGACCGGGAGCUUAGUACUCGCAAGAAUGGCUGCGAAGGAAAGCCGCGGCAGGCUCUUGUGCUCCCAUUAAGAUGUCCGUGAGCGUCCGGACGGAUGACGCCAAUCUUAGGCGCGGGAUCCCAAGGAUAUUGUGAACAUAUGACAUGCCAAGAGACCUAUGGAGCGAAACGACAGGCUACUGUCUUUGGAUGCCGCGCGGUCCACAGCACACAUGCCGCUCGUAGAGCUGUUGCCGAUUCAAAAGCCUACUACCGCGCCUUUAGUGUAGUCCAGCGACAACCACAGGUGAGGAUGCACAUGGUACCCACUGCAGGUUCACACGUCUUCGACUUCCGCGACAGAGGCAAUCCAGUCUACUCAAGCAUGACACUGCUGGAUAUCAUGCCUUAACGCCAGUCGUAGACUGUAUCUUGCACUAACCCGGGCUAAUGCCAGCGUCAGUCGUACAAAGAGAACAGCCGACCUUG